AGCACUGAUGUGACAGUAGCGCAAGAAUAAAAAAAACAGCUGGCCGUACAAAUAUCAUAACAUAAUAGGCCGAAAAUCGAAAGAAUUUUAAAUUGGUUCAGAAUGGAUGUUAUGAGUUUCGAAAGUUUGUGCCGUUGCUGUCUUACCACCACGGGCAUCUUUUCCUCAAUUUUCGAAAUAUACAAUGAUUACUACUUGCCUAAAGUAAUAAGCGCAUGCACUGGUGUUCCCAUUUUACAGUCGGAUGGUCUUCCGUCUGAAGUGUGCCAGGUAUGCCUACUAAAAUUAGUUGGCGCAUAUGAAACACGUCGAUUAUUUAUUCGUUCCCACGGCCAACUGAAAGAGCAACUACAGCGUCUAAAACAGUCGGAGCAAGAAAUAUUGAUUGAACUUAAUACAACAGCUGCGAAAUGCGCUACAUCUUUAUUGCCAACGGUGGAAAGUAUCCUAGAUGAGGCACCAAUAACUACUUGGGAUAAUGAAAUUAACAUGCACAUUGAACAGCUGCAGGAUGGAGGAAACGAACUAGUGACAAACAUCGAAGCGCAUCAUCUGGAUAAACUGGUCAUUGAGAAAUACGAGAACUUAGAAAAGGGGGGUUACAGCUUUCCUGAAGAAGACUUAGUUACACCAGAUGACAAGGUCGUUGCUAAAGAUACAAAAAAGGUAGAAGAUGAACCACAUGCUGAAGUAAACUUUUCGGACUACAGUCAAGGUUCAGAUGGAUUGGAUGUACCAGAGGAAACUGGUUCUGGUGCAUACAAAAUUAAAGAAGAACCACAAAACUGCCCGAUAUGCAGCAAAUGUUUCCGCAAUCCUCGUCUACUUCAAAGACACAUUCAGUAUCACAACGCCAAUAAAAGCAAUUGCCCAAUUUGUACAAAAAGUUUCACCCACACGAGUAAUUUGAAGAGACAUCUAAAAUCGCACAAGACGCCUCCGGAUGGUUUCAACUGCUCAGUUUGUGGCCGGCAGUUCGACAAAGGUGUACAGCUUUAUGAUCACAUGAAACUUCAUAAACCUGCUUCGGGAGAGACAACUUCCUAUACGUUGCGCUGUGACCAUUGCGAAAUGGAAACAACCACGUUGGCUGGUUUUGUGGCCCAUAUGAUGCAGGAACAUAGCGUGGCCAAGGAACAAGUGAAAGCGUUCCGAUGUCACAUUUGUGCUUUACGGUUUGUCUCGAAACAAGGAAUGCUACGACAUAUCGAAGGGGUGCAUGAAAAUCGCAAACCAGUUCAGUCCAAUCCGGUACAGAAGAAAUUUCUUUGUACUGAAUGCGGUAAAUGCUUCCAACGUAUGCGUCAUCUGGAAGCACAUGCCAAUUCGCACACUGGUGUUCGGCCAUUUAUUUGCGCUUGUGGAUUAGCAUUUGCCCAGCAAUCAGGGCUAAAUUUGCACAUACGUUCAAAGCAUGAAAAUCAAAGAUGCUACCAGUGUAGCAUCUGUCGUAAAUCGUUUUCUCAGUCGACUCACUUGAAGCAUCACGAGUUAAUUCACAGCAAUAGGAAGGAGCACGAGUGCACAAUCUGUAAACACCGAUUUCGGGUUAAAAGCAAUCUGGUGGCGCACAUGCGAAUUCAUCGGAAGCACCCGUACUGCUGUAGUGAUUGUGGUCGAGAGUUUGUGCAAGCUGCUAAACUAGAGCUGCACAUGAGAAAAGAGCACGGAAGCUAAACCACAGUUUACUCGUUGUUUUUGUCAUAUAUACAUGUUACGUUGUAUUAUGUUUCAGUAGUUCAUACAUUUAUCAAACGCCUAAACUUUAACUUAAAACA